AUGAAACUUAAAGAUAAACAAGAAUUCGUGUCGCGUCCCACACACCGGGCCGGGGAGCGCGGCCGUCCAUUGAGGAGAGCAUUAGUGCUCGCUAUAAAAUACUCAUUUAAUCGUCACUAUCCCGACAUCGGCACCUCACAUCGACACAUUCUAGUGCAGGCUUUACCCGAACCUUAUCAGAUGUUAUCUAUAUAUUUAUUGGAACAUCAAGCUCGAGCAGGCCGUCGUCAAGCAGCGGACGGCCGGCCGGUG